UCUGGGCCCGGUUCAGCUCCCUUCGCUCUUCAGUCAGCAUGUCGUCGCCGGCGGCGGCCGUGCUCGUCAGCAACGGCGCCGUUUCGCCCCGCGCUCCCCCUUCCGCCGCCUCCUUCCUCGAGGCCACCCCGGGGGCCUACACCACCGCCCGCGGUAGCCUCCUCUGGUGGCCCCGCCACCUCCGCCGCCUCGCCGAAUCCGCCGCCCUCCUCGCUCGCUCCCACCCUCACCUCCUCGGCCUCCCUCGGCCGCGCUCCCUCGACUCGUUCUUCUCUGAGACGCCCAUACAUGCUCUCGUCAACCCCUCCGUGUGGCUCGCCAUCCGCGAGAUGCGCGGCAGGCUGCCCAUGGUCGAGGAGGACGAUCUGGCGCUCACGGCCCUGAUCAGAGGAGGUGAUUCGGUCUCCAGGGAUGGCGUCGACGUCUUCGUCCACGUGGGGACGCAUUCCCCGCCGGUGUUUGGAGAUUCGGGGGGCAGGGUUGCCGUGGCCGGCACGGGGAGGGCCGCCGCCGCCGCCAAGUACGCGCCCUGGGCCAGGAUGCGGAAGAGCAUGGAAAGGAUGAGGCCUCCUGGGGUCACAGAGCUUCUGUUGACUAAUGAUGGGGAUCACAUUCUUGAAGGCUCUGUCACAAACUUCUUUGUUGUCUGCCAAAAGGAGGAAAAUAAGAGCAGAGAGCCUUUCUCUGUUCAAACAUUGGCAAACAAGUUCGAAGUGCAAACAGCUCCAAUAAGUGAUGGAAUUCUCCCUGGAAUUAUACGUCAGAUAGUGAUAGAGGUGUGCCAUGAUAUAGGAAUCCCAGUACGUGAGAUCUCUCCAUCAUGGUCCAAGCAUGAACUCUGGCAAGAAGCUUUUGUUACAAGUAGCUUAAGGCUUAUCCAGCAUGUGGAGUCAGUUCAAGUACCUUUAUUGUGGGAGGACGUACAAUCAAAAACCUGGAGCGAUGUCUCUUGGGCGGUGAAACAAUUUCAGGGUCCUGGAUGCAUUACUACACAGAUUCAGAAAUAUUAAAGAGAGCAAGAUCAGAGGAAUAUGACAUCAACAAUCUCCUAUGAGUUAUGAACGUUGUCUUUGAUUCAUGUGAAGUGUAUAGGCUUUAUUUCUCCCCAUCAUCUAUUGUUCACAAAAAACAAAACAGGUCUAACAUCAAGUAAGAAGGACAUGGAAGGCAAGUAGAUACCUUUGAAGUCUGGAUCUAGUUGGGGGUAUGGAUAGUCUGAUGGAUACACUAAAGGGAGAUUGAAAACCAAAGCUCCAGGAUUAUUGUGGAAAAGAAAAGAGUUCAAAUCCCAUGUGGAUCUAUGUUCGUUGUUUUCCAAUUUCAUCUAAUCUAUAGGGGCAGUUCUGUUCCGAUAAACCGACCCAUGAUUUGAGGACUUAAUUGUCAUCUCUGUACUAUGAACAAAUGAUCCCAACUGCACUCAGUAGCACACGAAAUAACCCCAUGUUAAUUAAUUUUAGAAUGGAUUUUGCUAGGAAGUCCUUUUGUGAUCCCUGUAGGAACUGAACUAUUUUUUAUGUUCGAUUUGAUCAUGUCCAACUCUAAAUGUCAAUUGUUGAGCUAUUUGUUCUUGUUUUGAGUA